GUCAAAGUCAGUGGUCGUGAGUCUGAAAAAGAGAUGAACAAAAACAAAAUGUUUCCGACUGAAUAAAUUUUUUAAUUGAAUUUAUUUUAAAUUCAUUAAAUUUUUAAUCUCGUUAUGGAAACUCUCAGCAGAUAAAAUUAAGUGAUUAUGUUGGCUGAUAAAAAAAUAUAAAUAUUUUUGACAUGAAAAGAUUCACAUACUUUGCACGGAAUUAAAAAUAAAUGAAAGAGAAUAACAGACGGUUUAUAAAUAAAUGUAAAAUAAUCCAUCGUGUGAGAAUUAAUUGACUAAAAAUAGUAAAAAAUAAUAAUGAUGACAAUGAGUGACUGUGAUGCACCAUCAUUGAGUUGCAGUAAAAUUAACGAUGAUGAGGAACAGCUGAUCAAACUUAGCCUUAAAAAACCUAAAAAAUGGAAUUGGGAAUUAACGACAUCAAAGUCCUCAAGCAAUAUUGCUUUUCCAACAAUUCAGCUGUACGAUGACAGCAAUAAAAAACUCCUGGCAGAGACAAACGAAGCUAAUUUCAUAGCAGGUUCAAACCUAUGCAAAUCAGCUUCCGUUUCAAAGGCAUCGUCCAUCAGACAGAAGAAAAAUGAUAGUUACUCGUCGCUCAAGUUUAAAAACGAUCCAAUUACUAUCCACACAGAACAAGCUGAAGAGAGCGACGAGAGUCAUCCUAUAACUAUAAAUCAUGACCCGAAUUUACAGAACGAUACAUCAAAGCUACAACUUAAAAAUCAUAGCCGCUCUAGUUCAGUUCGAUCAAGGUCAUCGAUAUUAAAAAGAAUAAGAGAAUUCACUGAAUUGAAUCGUGAUUCAUCUUCAGAUGAUGAUAAUGAUGAUGAUGACGAUGACGAAAGAGACGAUGAGAGGAGCAAUAAUAAUAAUAGAUCAAAAGAAAGUUUAAAGAAGAAAUAUUCAAUAAGAACAUCUCAUAUUGGAGCACUUUUAGUACCCAAGGAUAGCUUCUCGAAAGUUUCACGUCGUCGACAGCGUAGAAAAAGCGUUGAUGAUACAAGCACCGAUAACGUCGCAGCGAUAAACAAUAGCAACACAUUAGCACACUCCCCGCGUAUUAUUGACGUGCAGGACAUAAGUAAAAUAAGCCUCGAGACACAGAAGUAUUUGAAGGAUGUGCAGAACUCGAGUCCAUCUACUGAUGAGGUAUUUCUUUUGUUAGUCAAACGAUUGGCAUCAUUGCAACAACAUAACAAUUUAAAAUCAUUACAACAUCCAAAGGAAAUAAGAAAUUGUCGUGAACGUGAUAGAAAUUCUGAGGAUAAGAAAUCAAACGAAUUGAAUGAGCAGAAUGAUAAAAGGAACAUAUUAGAGCCAACAUCUGAUGAUCAUUAUAUUAAUGACAAAAUUAGCACAUCAACACGCACUGAGAAAAUUAUGGGAUCAAAUGUGAGCUCGGGAAAAGGAUUAUCAGGUCGCAGAACACAAUCUCAAAACAAUAUCGAUAACAAGUCAUCAUCCAUAACUAAUGGCAUCUGCUGCUCAACAAAAUACUCAAAAUCUAAACGAAAGAACAGUAAUAUAUCAGCACAGGAUUUCGAUAAAAAGCCAUUUAAUAACAACAACAAUGGAGAACAGAACUUUGACGGAAUUGGACAAAUUAUAGCAGCAAAUUCAAAUGUGACCACAAUAACAAAACCAAAGAAAUCAAAUCAAGGAAAAUGCAGGGAUAAAGAGAAGGACAAGGACAAGAAGAAAAUUAUACAUGGAAGUUUGCCUAAUCAUCUCGAUACAGACGUUGAUUAUGAGGGCAGUGAUGAUACGAAUAGUAGCAUAUAUCAAUAUCCAUCAAAUCAACCACCUAGCUAUGAUAAUGCACAAUUGUCUGCAAUUAGGAAAUUUGAUGAAAUUUAUCAGCAACAGCACCGCUAUCAAGCCGAACAACAUUUUGUUCAUCUAAAACAACAAAAUCUCUCAUUUCGCGUUGCUAAUACGUAUGUUAGGCAAAAUUUUAUACGAAAUCAUGAAACCAAUUCGUUCAGGAUACCGCAUCAAGCACACGGGCAUCGUGUUACAUUUGAUCCAAUCAAUCGAAUUGUGACACAAAAUCCACCAUUACAACAAGUUAGCGAUCAAUGCUAUGAUCAGGGAUAUGGAAGUGAGAGAUCGCCUGAGGAUGAAGUUCUUCCGCCGUUACCACAAAUUACUGAUCAAUACAACACAAUGGUUGUUAAUUCAUUACCUCAGGCAAUGCUGCAUAAUGCAAAUCAAUUAUUUGAUAUGGACUAUCAGCAUAAAUUUCAACAACAAUCUAUUCAACAAAGCUAUGACUUUAUAACAGAAGACUGCACAUUUAAUGUAGAGAUAGUGAAAGGAUUGGGAGGACUCGGAUUGUCUGUGUCAGGAGGAAUCGACUCAUCUGAUCCAUAUCCCGGACUUAUACGAAUUAAACGAUUAUUCCCUCAUCAAGCUGCUUGGAUGACUGGACAACUUCAACAAGGUGAUGUUCUACUCGAAGCUAAUGGUAUUAUAUUAACUGGACUGACAAAUAAUGAGGCACUUGAAGUGCUGCGAACGAUGGGAAAUGUUGUAAAUUUACUAGUAUGUAGACCACAUGAUGAAAAUUUCCGUAAAUUGUCAACGACAAAUCUAGAAGUGCCAGUUCCUCCUCUUCGUUCAUCUUUUAACAUGAAGCAUCAACAGUACAUGAAUCAGCUUGAGUUAUCACCAGGGGAAUUCGAAAUAACGCUCGUUAAGCAGCAGGGAUCGUUAGGUUUUACAUUACAAAAGGAGGAUGAAUCCAUAAAUGGACAUUUUGUGAGAGCAUUAGUUCGUGAGCCAGCAACAUCAGAUGGACGUAUACAAGCAGGUGAUAAGAUUCUAGCAGUGAAUGAUAUUCCAAUAAGUAACAUGACACACGAGCAAGCUGUGAUAUUUUUACGACAGUCACAAGAUACUGUUAGACUUCGAUUAUAUCGAUUUUAUGAUGGAAAUGAUGCAAUAUCACCGACAGAUUCAAAUUAUAAAGCACAUCAUGAGAGCAAUGGAACAAUGAAACGUUCAAAAUUACGUCCGGAAGCAAUAUCGCUUAUAUCUGAUUUGGCAACAAAGAAAAACACUCUAUCAUCGUCAGAUGGAAAUUCGGAAAAUUCGUCAUCAUUUCAAUCAUCAACCAAUACGAUGUCAUCGCCAAGACGUCUUAGAAAGAAUAAAUGUGGAGCGUUGGCAUAUGACACAGAUAAUUUGUGUGAUUCAUCAUCAAACAUAUCGACAAAUAUAAAUCAAACUUAUACUUUAUCAUCAUCUGAUAAUGCUUGUGCUAUUGGUGGUGGUACAAGCAGUGGAACUCAUACACCAUUCUCAGAUUCAUCUGCUGAUACAUUAACAAUCAUUUCACAGCAGCGAGUACAAUAUUAUGAUCCACACGAAUUGCCGGCAGACGACGAUGAGACAAAUGAUGGAUUUUAUGACAGUGAUGAAUUGGAGAGUUUAGAGCAUGAUAAUGAAUGUUCAUCAUCGGAUAUCAACAAAAUUAAACGUCCCGAAUCACUUAAUAUAAGGAGAUGUGGACAUACCGGUGAUUCUGGUUCCACGCCGCUUGCAUCACGUAAGCCUUUAUAUAAAUUUUCAAUUGCAACAACAAAUGCAUAUGAAUUAAAUAAUUUAGAUUCUGUACUGGAUGCACCAACCACAACAUAUCGUAUGGAUAAUAACGACAGUGAUGAUACAAUUGAUGGACAUGCAAUGUCGUUUACGAGCUUACCGUGCGAGACAUUACUCCUUGCCUGCAAGACUGAAAAUGAUUUGCGUAAAUCUCCACUUAAUGACACUGAUACAUGCCUUUAUGUCACGAAAUUUAACAAGAAUCAACCGUUAUAUCAAUCGGCGCAAGUUCAAAUAAAUCAUAAGGCACAUCCAGAUGACAUAAAUGCUGAAAUGAAUCUACUAAAAUGGAAAGGUGUCACAAUGCCAUCACAACAGCAACAAAAUGAACCAAAUAUUGACAAUGACGAUGACAAAUGUUCAAUAAUAUCCUCGCAAUGUGGAGACAUGCCCAUAGCUACAAAUACAUUGCGUGUAUCAAUAAGAAAUGCUCAAAAAGAUAUACAUCUUGAUGAAAUGGGUAUCGAUAGUAAUAUAAACAGGAUAAUUACAAUCGAAAUGAAUCGUCGAUGGAGCUGUCGUUUGGGAAUUCGUCUUGAAAGUCAACAGUUGAUUUCUAAUGAUGGUUGUGAUGAGGGAGGCAAGUCAAUUACAGUAAUUAAGGAGAUUUGCAAAGAUACAUUAGCUGAGAAAGAUGGACGACUGAGGGUCGGCGAUCGGGUUCUGAUGAUUAAUGAUGAAAUCGUAGAUUCCCACAGUACACAAGAAAUAAUAGAUAUGAUGCGAAUAAUUCGUGGAUCGUUGAGUAUAACAGUAGCUAGAAAAAUUGACUAAUAAUCAUUCUCACAUAACUGAAGGAAGGAUAAGACAUAAGCAUCAAUAGUAGGCAAAAAAAUUAUUGUUUUAUAUAGAACAAAUUUACUACUUUAUAAUAAAAACAAAAUAUUACAAGAGUCCUCGUGAUUAAUCGAGUGACUUCAGCGCAUUUUUGUCGCUGCGAUCAGUAAUUUUAUUAGCAAGUUAAUGUCAAUCAAGGAACAAAUCAUAGCAUUAACAUACUAUUAAAUUGUUUUUAAACUUAUUAAAUGCCGUAUUUUUUAAUGAUUAUGUGUGUGUUUGUUUCAUAACGUACAUGAUUAAUAACUCGAUGAAACUCGAACAAAGCACAUUAUUAAGCUAGUUUUUCAAAAAUGCGCUAAAUAAACAUUAUAACAAAAGUCUGAUAAUCAUCUGAAAAGCUCACGUACGCACUGUGUGAAAUUUCGUCUCUUAUCGAUUUUUUGUGAUUUAUGGAGCAUUCACUCAUCGUUUUUAAGAGAGUAUGAAAGAAGGAAAAAGGAGAGAAAAGGCAAAAACCGUUUCCUUCAAUUUUCCCUCCUUUAUUUCUUUUAUUCUUCUUAAAAAUAGUAUGUAAGUGAAAAAAGAAUAAAAAAUAAAGGAAAAUUACAUCGCAAUAGAAGAAAUUGGCAUUUUUUACUGGGUCGGUAGCAAGUCGGUGAAAAGAGCGGUUUUAUCGAUUAUCAUUACGUUCUUUACUUUACUUAAUUUGGAUGGUUUUGUACUUACUUAAAGUUUUUUAUACAAAACAGUUUAAAGUUUUAAGUUCAAAUUUCAUGUUUAUGAUUUGUUACUUGAUUCGAAAUCUGAUUUCCUGCGACAAUAACAUGCUGAAGUUCCUAGAUAAAUCACAAAGUCAAAAUUUGUUUGAUUAUUGUGACAUUACUUAUAAACGGUCCCCAAAUUUGUUCCUUUGUAAUAAUAAUUCUGCAGUUAUGAUUCAUUUAUUGUCGUAAACUGAUAAAACCGCUCAGAAUCAUCCAUUCAGUAUGUACAUUUUUCUUACGUGCAAUAACACACAACACAAAUAAAAAGGAAAAGGAAGACAGCAUCAUACAUCAGUAGUGAUGUGCUACACAACAUAAAAUGUGCUGUGUCGAAAGAAAUUCAUUUAAAGUUUACGGUUUGUGGAUUUUUGUACUCACUGUUCACAUUUAUGAAAGUAUUAUACCAAAAAAAAAGAAAUAGGAGAAUGAAUGUUAGCUUCAUGACCAAAUCAAUUAUUUCCAUCCAAGCAAUGAGCCAAAAAUAAAGCAGACUUUAGAAUAUUGCCAUACAUAGACGAUUCUUCCUUUUUGUCUUUCUAUCUAUUAGAUCUACGUACGAUUUCGACAUGAGAUAAAUGAGUAUGGGAAGUUAUCAGGAAGUGCGAUUAAAGAUAAAGCGCAGGUUGCUUUAAAAGAGGAUUUUUUUGAAACUGGUUGGAGAUAUAUUGGUGAUUAUUAAGGUUUUUAAAGUUGAUAUUGAAUCUGAAAAGCUAUGGACUACAACAUCUUCAAUGAUAGCCCAUCACAAGAUCCAAACUGACUCCAAACAGCUCAACUGUUAUCCCAAAAAUCCAGCUAAUCAGAUUGAAUUGCAUGUAACAUUCCACAUUUAUUGAAUUUUCUUAAAUUUUCCUUCUUUUUUCUCAUCCUUUCGGUUCACAUUCACGGAACUGCUCCCAUUCAUAUGAAACUUAAUUUAACGAUGAUAUUCAAUGUUUAUCUUUCACAUGCUAGAUUAAUAUUGCAGAUGAUAUUCAAUUAGUUUCAAUAAAUUUCAUUUCAUUUUUCCUUCCUUCACAUCGAACUCAUGAUGCUUAUAAG